AAGAAAAGUCAUUGUUCAGUACAAACCCUCGGUCCACGCACAGUCAAACCAAGAGAAGCACUACUUUGUAAAGAGAGAGGGAGGGAGGUGUGUGUGUGUGUGCUGAAGAUCGAUGGUGCCCUAAAGCUCUUUCACACCAAUCAUUCAUCACCAUGGCUGGACCAUCAUGGUUAGUUGAUAGCAACCGAAUUGCAUCAAAGAUUAGAAGUGCUUCAAGUACAUGUGAUCCUGAACAUAUCAAAUGGAAAAGCAACCCCACAAAAACAUGCCCUAAUUGCCACCAUAUUGUCGACAAUAGUGAUGUUAAUCAAGAAUGGCCCGGGUUGCCCCGUGGGGUGAAAUUUGACCCGUUGGAUCAUGAAAUUAUUUGGCAUUUACUUGCAAAAAGUGGUGUCCAUGGUUUUGUCCCUCACCCUUUUAUUAAUGAGUUUAUUCCAACUGUUGAGGAAGAUGAUGGAAUCUGUUACACUCAUCCUCAAAAAUUGCCAGGAGUUCAACAAGAUGGAAGUGUAUCUCACUUCUUCCACAGAGCAAUCAAAGCCUACCAAACAGGAACCCGAAAGCGUCGCAAAAUCCAUGGUGAUGAUUUUGGAGAUUUUCGUUGGCAUAAAACAGGAAGAACAAAACCAGUUAUUUUAGAUAACAUUCAACGUGGGUGUAAAAAAAUUAUGGUUCUUUAUAUCAGCCCAAUAAAAGGUGGAAAAGCUGAAAAAACAAAUUGGGUAAUGCAUCAGUAUCAUUUGGGAACAGGGGAAGAUGAGAAAGAAGGAGAUUAUGUCAUCUCAAAAGUCUUUUAUCAACAACAAUCACAAUCACAAUCAAAAAAUAAUGGAAAAGAUGAUGAUGUCAUCCUUGAAGAAGUCAACCCCCCAAUUGUUAAAGUUGACCCUGUGACACCUAAAUGUGUUACCCCCGAGCCCCCUCGUGCUGAAAGGCGGGUCCCGGAUACGGGUCUUGGACAUGGGCCCACUGAAAUUUAUGCGGAUUUUGCUCAGCAUGAGAUGGAAGCCAUUGAUGAAGCUGAGGAUGAAACUUCUUGCAUGAACCUUAUUGAUCAUAAUGAUGAAGUUGAAGUAGUAGAAGUAGAAGAUCAUCAUGUUCAUGAACAACAAAUAGAGGGUAAUGAUGAAGGUCAAGAAGCAAAAUGGUGGGAUAGUGAGUCACAGUAUUUGUUGGAUUCACAACAACUUGUUGAAGGACUUUCUUUGUGUGAUGAGUUUCUUCAAAGUCAACCUGAGAAUCAAGAGUCAAAGGGUAAACCCCGUCUUUCUGACUAUGCUCAUUUAGGAUCUGAAAAUUUAAAGAAAGAUUUGGAAGAGUGUCAAGGAUUGAUCAUGGAUCCUGCAAAUUUGGAACUCGAUACACCACCUGAUUUUCGCCUCAGCCAGCUUGAAUUUGGAUCACAGGAAAGUUUUCUUGCAUGGGGAGGCUGCAAAUGAGGUUUAUGGGUUGAUGAACAUCUUUUAUUUCAUCCAAGAUGUGCAAACUUUAUAUUUUGCAUAUCGUUUUGUGAAAACUAAAUUUGGAUGAUGUGAGAUGUGAAUGACUUUAUCUUUUGGAAGCAACUGUUUAUAUGUAUUUGGUGUAUGUACUUUUUUAAUCUAAACUUCCGGUUUUGAAACAACAA